CUGAGACUUGGCCAUGUCUCAUCCACACAAGAGUAAUAAUACCAAAAGACACUAAAACAUAACAGCUUCGAACAUCAGACAAUUUAACUAGCAAACCCCAUUAACGAAAGAUGUCAGUGGCUUCGCCGAUUCAAUGUAUUAGGAUCCUUAAUCCAUAUUCUUCUUCUUCUACAACUUCAUCGUCUUUCAGAUUCUCUACGAGUAAGCCAUGUGUCUUCAUCAUCAGAUGUUCUCAGGCCGAAGGUCCAUUGAGAAGGCCAUCUGCUCCUCCUACUCUCCGGGAGCCUACGCCUCCGCAAAAACCUGUUCCUCCUACUUCCUCUUCUUCUUCUUCUCCACCGCUGCAGAAAACGGUGGCUGUGGAUGGUAAGAGUGUAGUUACGGUGGAGUUUCAGAGGCAGAAGGCUAAAGAGCUUCAGGAAUACUUUAAGCAGAAGAAGCUUGAAGCUGCUGGUCAAGGUCCCUUCUUUGGUUUCCAACCCAAAAACGAAAUCUCCAAUGGAAGGUGGGCUAUGUUUGGUUUUGCGGUGGGGAUGCUUACAGAGUAUGCAACAGGCUCAGACCUUGUCGACCAAGUUAAAAUCCUUCUCUCCAAUUUCGGCAUUAUAGACUUGGAAUAAUAAAAGAGUGUUGUUCUUCUUCUCGUCUCUCAAUCUUCUAUCUUGUUUCUCAUUCUUCCUUCCUGUAUAUGUUAUUUCUAGAUAUCUUAAAUACAUUGGACCAUUUGUGUAUUCAACCUCUUUUAUCUUCAAUUAGUAAUAAUAAUAAUAUCAUC